AUGACGAUGACGCUGAAGGAUUUAGUUCUUCUGUUACCCUGUUUAUUUUACCUAAGUGUGAACGGUGACUUAAAUGACGAUCUUUCACGAGGUCUGUAUUUAAAUAAUGAAUCAAUGGUUAUACGUGCAUAUCAGGCAAGUAGUGGAAAUGAUAUUCAGUUUAGUCAUUAUCCAGAAGAUUGUGCCGAAUAUUAUUUAACCGGUUAUAAGUAUGAUGGAAUCUAUGAAAUAUGGCCAAGGGAAGAUGGUGGCGGUUGGACUGUUUUUCAGAAACGUGGUGAUUAUACUCCACUAGUAGAUUUUUACCGCACAUGGUUGGAAUACAAGCGUGGCUUCGGUGAUUUGGAACGGCAAUAUUGGCUCGGUAAUGACCGCCUGUCCAUGUUAACAAAUCAAGACUCGUAUCGUCUACGGAUAGAUUUGGAAGAUUUUGAUCGACAGAAAAGAUUUGCAGUUUAUCAUAGCUUUUCUGUUUCAAAUGAAUUGGAUAAGUACCGAAUGAGUUUAGGCAUGUAUCUCAACGGUGAUGCUGGUGAUUCCUUAUAUAUUCAAAACGAUCAACGAUUUUCGACUAAAGAUCAAGAUAAUGACAGUGGAGUACGUGAUUGUGCAAAAGUGUUUAAUGGUGCAUGGUGGUACAACGAUUGCCACCAGACGAAUUUAAAUGGCGGUUACCUGAGAGGCUAUCAUCCAACGGUACUUGGAACAGGUGUGAGUUGGUACUUAUUCCGUGGGAACAACUAUUCCUUAAAAUCAACUGAAAUGAAAAUUCGUCCAAUAUGGUUUAAACCAUAG